AUGGCUCGAUUGAGCGCCCUCCUCGUGGCUUCGCUGGCCUUAGCUACUAAAGUUCUCAGUGCCGACUCCGCCGUUCUCGAUCUCAUCCCCUCGAAUUUCGACAAAGUUGUGUUAAAAUCUGGGAAGGCUGGUCUAGUCGAAUUCUUCGCCCCUUGGUGCGGCCAUUGCCGAACCCUCGCCCCCGUAUAUGAGGAGCUCGGCCAUGCCUUCGCCCAUGCUAGCGACAAGGUACAUAUUAGCAAAGUUAACGCAGAUGAGCACAAGUCCCUAGGAAAGAAAUAUGGAGUCCAAGGAUUCCCGACGCUGAAGUGGUUUGAUGGCAAGAAAUCAGAUCCUGAAGAGUAUGACGGCGAAAGGGACUUGGAGAGCUUAGCCAAAUUCAUAACCGAGAAGACGGGUGUCAGGCCUAGAGGUUUGAAGAAGAGCGGGGAGAGUUUUGUCACGAUGUUGACGGACCAGACAUUUUCUAAAACGAUUGGUGGUGAAAAGGACGUUCUAGUGGCCUUUACGGCACCGUGGUGUGGCCAUUGUAAAACUCUAGCUCCUAUCUGGGAAUCCCUUGCCGGCGAUUUUAUUCGUGAACCUGGAGUUGUGAUCGCAAAGGUUGAUGCAGAAGCAGAACAGUCGAAGGCGACCGCUCAGGAACAGGGGGUCUCAGGAUAUCCUACAAUCAAAUUCUUUCCAAAGGGCUCUACUGAGGCUGUGUCAUACUCUGGCAGCCGAUCAGCAGAGGCUUUUGUCGAGUUCCUGAACGAGAAGUGCGGUACACACCGUAUUGUUGGAGGAAAAUUGAACGCUAAGGGCGGUACCAUUGACGCCCUUGAUGCGAUUGCGACAAAAUUCAGCGCAGGAGAGGCUAUUGCGAAUAUCGCUAAGGAUAUUGAAGCAGCUGCGAGCUCCCUGAAGCAGGCAUAUGCGGCGUAUUAUGUCAAGGUCGCUAAGAAGCUGUCAGCAAACUCCGACUAUGCCACUAAGGAACUAUCUAGAUUGGAGAAGAUGAUGAGCAAAAGUAGCAUCACCCCCGAGAAGCUCGAUGACCUCACGUCGAGAUCUAACAUUCUUCGAAGCUUCAUUCAGGGGGAGAAGAAAGAAGCAAAGGAUGAACUUUAA